GCUCGCGGCGCGGAGCAAAACAUGCGGUUGUCAAACCAAAAUCAAUAAACUUCACGACUUCACGUUGUUUUUCGGAAAAUUUCCAGCAAAAAAUACGCAAAAUGAAGAUUCUAACGUACAAUUUUCUCACGUCCAAGUGCAUUCGCGGCGUAAAGGUUGGCUAUCCGCUGAAAUUGAAUAUUGUGGAGAAAAAGGUAGUUUCAUCGGAUUUCAACUCGGAAUUCAUCACCCGGAUGAUCCCCCGAUUGGACUGGGGCGCAAUCAAGCAGGCGGCCAACAAUAUCGGUGCCGACCUGCCGGCUACCAUGCCCGACGACAUUGGCGCCGACUCGGAGACGCUCCAGAAGCUGCACCACAUCCUGAUGGAGGUGGACGUGGUCGAGGGUACGCUCGAGUGUCCGGAAACGGGCCGGGUGUUCCCGAUCCAGGACGGCAUCCCGAACAUGCUGCUGAACGAGGACGAAGUUUGAGGGAGAUUUCGGCACGGAAUUAAGGUAAGGGGCAUUGAUGAUGUGGUCACUUCUUUGGCGAACGUGGGAUAUAUAUAUAUAUUUGUUUGCUCAACUUACAUUGAUGGUUGCGUAUAUAAUCUUCUUUGUUUUUUUUUGUGUUUUCGUGGAAUACAGUUAUAUAAGUUUGAAGAUGGAAUGGCUUUUCGCAAAUUUGACUAAUGUGACAAUGUUUGGUUGUUCUUUUGAGAUGGACGCAAUUUUUUUGUUUCUUGUGGAAUGCACUCCGAAAAAGGUUUUCGUAAUCUAGAAUUAAGUGUGUGUGUGUUUUUUGUUGUUGUGGGACGAAUUAGGUACAUUUUUUUCACUAAUAUUUGUGUAACACGCUAGUAAUGCUGAAGGUUCAGUAUUUCAUACUCGAUUGGUUUGCGCUGUAACUUGGGGUGAGCUUACAUGCAGUUUUAUUAGGCGAGCGUUCUUCUUUGUUUUUUCGAUUAUUUGUUGUCCAUUAUCACAUACACAAUACCAUUAUAUUUAUCAUUUGUUGAAGAAGAUUGUUACGAGACAUUCGCUAGAGAGAUUCAAACACUAGAAAUUUGUUGAAAAACUUGUCACGUUUUUUUGUUUGUUUGCUUAAGCUUUAUUUUGCUGUGUUUAACUGUGGUGGCGAAGGCAUUGGUUAUCAGUUUUGCAGACUACUCGGUGAGAGCGCGUGUGCUUUUUGCUCUAGUUUGUUGCGAUCUCUAUUGAUUCUGUCGAUUAUGUUUUCGCUUUUGGAAUGCUUAACCUUCGAUAUUCGUUUCACUGAUCGAAAAUUUGUGUUUUUCUUUCCAGACAAAUUUAUGAAAGAAAAAGUGAACACUUUAUUUUGCAUUUUGUGAAAUUACGGGACAGUUACUGAUCUAAUAUUUGUUGUAAGUUACAUAAGGGUCAUUCCAUCUCAACUGUGCACGAAAAAGUGCAAAUUUGAAAAUUACCCUCUCCGAUCCUGCUCAAAUUUGGCAGAGCGGUUGAUACUAUCAAAACAUGCAAGAAUCCCGAAUUUCAUCCAAAUCGGACCACCCCCUCCAUUUUUGUACCUCCCCAAAAAAUCGACUUUUUGGUGAUUUUUGACCAAACCUCCUAGUUUCAAACGACGAUAACUCAGGAACCACAAAUCUUAGAGGGUCGGCCUUAGACUCAAUUUUGAAGGAAAUUGGACGUAGAGUCCAUUUCCGUGAUCAAAAUGUUGAUUAAUUUAUGUUUUCUACCUGUAUUGCGCAAUUGAAAACUUUAAACGGCCGUAUCUCAAAACACCCCAACUUAUUUUUUUUAUUUGACCUCACCAUCGUGUUCCCCGGCCAAUUUUACAUAAGAAUCACUUAUCGACAGAAAUGAAUAUGUUUCGUUCCAGAGAUAUCGAAUUUUAAAGUUUUGUGUUUUCGAGAUUACCUACAUCAGCUUCAUUCGCCGCAUCUGCUAGAAGCACACAGGUGGGCUGAUCAAUAAAUGCUACCUGGUCAUUUAUUGAAAUAAUAUUUCAUCAUAAAUAAUCUUUAUCAUAUUGGGCAAAAAUUAACUUUAUAACAUUGUAGGAAACUGGAAUUAAUCGCGAAUGUUUAUUUGCUCAAAAAAUGAAUUAAGUGAAUUUCUGUGCUAACCCACAGGACAGAGCAAUAACGACAAACAGUAAAGGGCAGAAUUGGAUUCCGACGGAGCGAGCAGGAAAAUGCAAUUAAUCUUGUUAGUAACACUGAACAUUACUGAGUAAAUAUUAUGAAUUAAAAUGAAUAAAAAUUGUUGAAACGUUGUACUCUAGUGAAGGACGAUCACAAGGAGUAGGAAAAGGAUUUCUAGAAAGUAUAAAACUGAAAAAUGUAAGAAAAUCACAAAGUUUGAUCUGCUGCAAAACAGCUAAUUCCCCAAAUUUAGUUGCGAUGAUUUCGACACCGUCCGAACAACAGUUUUUUUUCUUCUAUCAUUCUUGGAUUCUUGGAACACAAUACGGCUGCUGUCCUCACGUAUUAGGAUUUUUUUAAAUUAAAUGUACCUUGACCAAAACCAUCUUUUAAUCAAAUGGAGCUGGCUCAUAAUAUAAAAAUUGAUUUAAUAUGAUCAAUCUUUUAAUCCAUAAAUCAGAUUUGCCAAAUCAUGGUAAAGUGUCAAUAAUAAACUAUAAUAAUAAUAAUAAAGCAGGUUUUGGGGUUUUUGCAGAAUGGCACUAUUUUGCUACCGCCCAUGAUAAAGGCCCUAGGCAUGGCCUCGGAGGUACUCUAAAACGGUUAGCAACAUGUAAAAAACGGUGCAUUCAAAAUAACCCAAUAAAUAUUCCUUUCACAAAAAUAGAUUGAUCAAGGUAGGGGAACAGCAUCUAAUUCCAGCGUUCCUCUAAUGUUGCCAUAUCAGCGCUUUGGCAUUCAAUUACAGCUGAUUAAAAGCGUUUUCAACUGAAAUCGAGUGAUAAAUAGCUCAAUAAGAAGUGAACAAGCAAGUUUCUAUCAAAAGUUCUGCGAAAUUUGUUGUUUAAAUAGUGAAAAUGAGCAAAUUGGACGAAACUAGGAGCGAGGACUUAACCUGCCAAACAUACGAGAAUUUCUCCUAUUAGCCAUUCGAAUAAAUAUUUGCAUAAAAUUAUAAAAAUAUAAAUUAAAUUAAUCAUCUCCCAGAACACCAGGUAGCAGUUAUUGAUCACCCGCCUGUGUGCUUCUAGCAGAUGCGGCGAAUGAAGCUGAUGUAGGUAAUCUCGAAAACACAAAACUUUAAAAUUCGAUAUCUCUGGAACGAAACAUAUUCAUUUCUGUCGAUAAGUGAUUCUUAUGUAAAAUUGGCCGGGGAACACGAUGGUGAGGUCAAAUAAAAAAAAUAAGUUGGGGUGUUUUGAGAUACGGCUGUUUAAAGUUUUCAAUUGCGCAAUACAGGUAGAAAAAAUAAAUUAAUCAACAUUUUGAACACGGAAAUGGACUCUACGUCCAAUUUCCUUCAAAAUUGAGUCUAAGACCGACCCUCUAAGAUUUGUGGUUCCUGAGUUAUCGCCGUUUGAAGAUAGGGGUUUUGCUCAAAAAUCGCCAAAAAGUCGAUUUUUUGGGGAGGUACAAAAAUGGAGGGGGUGGUCCGAUUUGGAUGAAAUUCGGGAUUCUUGCAUGUUUUGAUAGUAUCAACCGCUCUGCCAAAUUUGAGCAGGAUCGGAGAGGGUAAUUUUCAAGUGCUGUUCCGCUUCAGAUGGAAUGACCCAUAAGUCAUUAAAUAUAACAAAAAUCAGCUGAAAAAAAAGCUUUUUUACUGAUUGAUGACAGUCCAUUAAAUUUGAAUCAGUGAAACGAACAGAACGUCUCUAGUAGUGCUGGCUAUGUAUCUGUUUAUAUUUAUAUGCAAUAUAUUCGUUUCCGAAAGAGAUUCUUUUUUGUCUUUCUCUAAAACACUACGAACUUCUUUGGUUUUUUGUUUUGUAAAAAAUAUAAA